GCCUGUGCGCGGCGCCGGGCGAUUCCCGCGGGCCCGACUCCUGGGCCGCCUCCCUCGCCCGGCAACGCCAGCCGGCCCCGUGGCUCCCUCCGGCCGCUUCCUCGGGCCGGCGCGCGCGGCCAUGGCGCUCGACAAUUUCCUCUUCGCUCAGUGCGUCUGCUACUUCUUGGCCUUCCUGUUCAGCUUCGUGGUGGUGGUGCCGCUGUCCGAGCACGGCCACGACUUCCGCGGCCGCUGCCUGCUCUUCACCGAGGGCAUGUGGCUGAGCGCCAACCUGACGGUGCAGGAGCGCGAGCGCUUCACGGUGCAGGAGUGGGGCCCGCCAGCCGCCUGCCGCUUCAGCCUGCUCGCCAGCCUCCUGUCUCUGCUGCUCGCCGCCGCGCACGCCUGGCGCACGCUCUUCUUCCUCUGCAAGGGACACGAGGGCUCCUUCCUCCACGCCUUCCUGAGCCUGCUGGUCAGCGCCUUCGUGCUCUUCCUGGUCUUCAUUGCCAGCACCAUCGUGAGCGUGGGCUUCACCAUGUGGUGCGACGCCAUCACGGAGAAGGGCACCGUGCCCCACAGCUGCGAAGAGCUCCAGGACAUCGACUUGGAGCUGAACGUGGACAACUCUGCCUUUUAUGAUCAGUUUGCCAUUGCCCAGUUCGGCCUCUGGGCCUCGUGGCUGGCCUGGCUGGCCAUCACCAUCCUGGCCUUCCUCAAAGUCUAUCACGACUAUCGCCAGGAGGACCUCCUGGACAGCCUGACCCACGAGAAGGAGCUGCUGCUGGCCAGGCCGACCUCCCGCGGCUCCUUCCAGGACGAGAAGAGCGCCGUCAUCUAGGGGCGCGUGGUCUGUCCCGGGGCAGCGGCAGCGGGGGCUCCGCCCAGCCCCCACGCCUUGCAUGUCUCCCCUCGCCCUGUGCGUAUCGAGUGACCCGCUUACCCAGGCGCCCGUAUUCCCGCUGUGAGCGUAGCUGACGGGGGUGGGGGCCACCCUCAGACCCCGCUGGGAGGACCUCCUCCAGGCUCCGGGCAGGUGUGACACACCUGUCCUGGGCGACUGGCCAGGGGAGCCUGGUGGGAGGCCCCGAGCCCACUGGCCUUCUGGGGUCACGCUCUGGCCCUGGGUCUCCGGCUGGCUUGUCCAGGUGGGAUUUCCUGCAAGAUUCUGUGGCAGCAGCCUGUGUCUCAGGCCAGAUGCCACCAUCAGACUAUGGCCACUCUCACUCUUGUCACUCGCUCUGAGGACAAGGAUCCUGAAACUACAUGCGAGUGAGCAGACAGCCAAGUGUGGGAAGGAGCUGCCUUCCUGCCCUGGUGGCCCCAGGGCUGAGGCCCCUCCCCGCGUCCAGCUCUCGCCCCAGGGAAGGGGGGGGCAGCCUGGCCGCACGGAGAGGGCAGAGGCGGAGGGGCGGUGCGCAGUCAGGUGGGGGCUGCGUGGUGCCCUGGGGGCGGCCGCAGGGGCCGCGUGGGGAGCAGUGCAGGGGUCCCUUCUCCUCUCUGCCCAGGACUUGCCUGUGGAGGCCCUCAUGCCUGGCUUGGUGAGGCCCCUGGGCCCCAGGGUGGGCAGGCCUGUGUCUGGGGGGCGGGGACAAGGGCUCUGGGUGGGGGCUCAUCGCGCAGGGGAGUGGGGCCAGGGGCCACUGUGAGACUGUGUGUGUGUGUGUGUGUGUGUGUGUGUGUGGGCACAGGCGGGAGUGGACGUGCGUGUGACCUGAGCGCACAGGGGGUCAGACGGUGUGUGUGCCUGAGCCUGUGAGUGUGCCUGAGAGUGUGCGGGAGUGGAGCCCAGAGCCGGCCGCUCCCCUCACCGCCGUCCACGGGUGCCCCCAGUGCCCCGACCCCCGGCGGAGGAGCUGCCUUCCCACGACCCCACCCCCACAGCGGAGGGUGGAGGAGCUGGGGGGGAGGGGACCCGGAGCUUCGGGCCACCCCGGGCUGCUGGGCUGGGUCGCUCCUGUCGAGGGUCCCCGCCUCCUCACACGCAGGCCGCCCUCUGCGCGCCGUCCUCCGGGCCCUGUCCGGCCCCCGAGGCCCCCUCCCAUUCCCCGGGGGCUCAGUAGAGUUUCCUGGUCUGGCCCUCGUGCUAGUUUGCUCCCCAUCCUCUCGGGAAAGAAGAGCCCCUGCCCCAUGUCGCAGUGACGGGCGGUCUCCCCAGAGGGCCGCCUGGGGCCUCCAGGGGCCAUGGAUCUGGGCCUGGGAGAGGGGCCCGGGGUGGUAGGCAGCUUGGGCCCAGGAAGCGAGGCUGCCAGUCACUUGUCCUGAUGCUGCUUGGCUGGCACCUUUGGGGGUGGGGGUCUAGGCCGAGGUGGCUGAGGCUCCUGGCACCUCAGGCGCCCUUUCCCCAGGGCCUGGCCGAGGGUUCCAGGCAGAGCGGCAGGGUCCUUGGGAGGUGUUUUGAUGGGACCUCAGGCCCCCGAGGGGAUCUGCGCGUCCUAAUCCACUGCCCUGGAGGCACUGAGCUGCUGACCUGUGCCCAGCAGACGGCAGGUGGAGGGCUCUUCCCUGUCACCCAUCAGGCAGCAGCCGGCUGGGCCCCGGAGGGAACAGCAAGGCCAGGGCAUGGGCUUCUGGAGCCUGAGGGUCGGCCGUGGGCCUGGGUCUGCCCUGGGCACACGUGGGUGACCUGGAGCUUGUCAGGCAAGCAGAGAGCUGCGUCCACAUCCGUACAGGGCCACCUGCAGAGCGGGGACGUCACUGACACACAGGUGGUCUCAGGCUGGUGGCACAUGGUGCCCCGUCCGUCCCCAUCCGUCCAGGAAAGGACAGCUGGCCCUGGAGGGCGCGCUGGGACAGGAGGUGCCCCCCCCCGCCCCGGCUCCCAGGCCACCGUGCUUCUCCCGCUACUCUCUGACAACAGAGUCCCUUUUCAUUCUACUUCCUGCUAAACGGAACGCAAAGAUUCUUCAAGGGUAAAUGUAUCUGUUCCUCAAAGUCCAAAUAAAAACAAAACACCCGAGCCUCUACUGUGGCCGAGGAGGCUCCUUUCUGCCGGUCUUCUCUCCA